AUGGGUGUGGAGCGAUUUUCUUUUCUUUUGCUUUUUAUUUCAGCUAUAUCAGCAAGUCCUUUAUUCCUUGGGAGUUCACCAAAUCCUAACUGUCCUGCUUACACUUGCAAGACUUCAAGCCAGCAAUUUGUGAAUAGCACAUGCAUAUAUUUUACUCCAACAGCUAGUACUCCUACAUAUUAUGUUAGUCCAUGCAGCUCUGUCAAGCUUCCUUAUUGUCUACCUUCAACCAACAAUAACUCUACAUGUCAAGCAGCUACCCCAACACCUCCAGUGGCUCUAUGUCAAAUGACAGUUUAUUUUUAUAGUGACAUUUUAUUGAAGUUCAUUUGGUCGAAAUUUGACUUUUUUUCGGUCAAAUGUCUCACUAUCAAAAAAUUUUCAACCAAAUGUACUUCGGUAAAAAUGCAAAUUAUUAGAAGUGAACGAUCAUUGGACUUCCGCCCCUUCCAGUUAAUGCAUGGCCUGGUGAAAAAUGUUCAUCCUCUUCAGAUUGCAGUUCUCAUGCAAGCAGAGGCUGCAUUAAUAACGUUUGUGUAGGAGGAAGCCAAGGAGACACUUGUAGCGUGAACGACGACUGUAAUCCUAACUAUCGUUGCCUUGGAGGAAUUUGCCAAGCUCAAAUCCCUGUUGGAGGAACAGGAUGCGUGAAUGAUUAUGAUUGUGUAAAUGGAGCAGGCUGCAAUAUUGCUAAAACUUCAUCAGAAAGCAUAUGCUAUCCCUAUUUCUCUAUUAAUCAGCAUUUGCCUGUCAGCUCUUGUUCAUCCAAUAACCUAUCAAUGCUAUGCAACUCAGGACUUUGCAUGGCAAAUAAUGAAGGCUAUGAAUGCAUGGCCCCUGUAAAAUCAAGCAGGCUACCUAUGAGUUGUCAAGUUGACGGAGACUGUAUGUCGACAAGAGAUGACUAUUUCCCGACUGGAUAUUUAACUGGAACUUGCUAUUGUGGAUACAAUGCUAACUCUGCAAGCUAUUGCUCAAUCUUUGCUGGCGAUAAGCCUUACUUGGAAUAUAUUAAUUAUUUCAAAAAUUGGCUGCAGUCUACUUAUAUCAAGAAGUGCAAUACCAUGAGAAGAUUUACUGCUUCCUGCAUGAAGGACUGGUGGACGACAAAGGAGUACAAUUUAUACAUGUACUACUCUUUGAACGCUGAUUAUUAUCCUCUAACCGUCAGUGGAGAAUCUUGUGUGCAGCAAGUUUAUCUGCCUCAGUGGUGGGCUGCAAGAAAUGCGGUCUAA